UAUUUAUCUACUUACUUCAUUUACUAAAUUUUUUCAAAGAGUUUUGGGUUUCUCGGACGAGGGGACAACACACUGUAUUUCCUACACUUGGCAAUGAGAUCUUUCUUUUGGAAAAUACAAGGUUUGACAUGGACCGACAUACUUGCUGUGUAUAGUAUGUGGUUGAUGAUAACAUUCUUGGUAAGAGUGUGGCAGCUUAAUUACAAGACUGCUGCCGCAUGUCUCAAUAUAUUUUGGGGUGUCGUCAAUAUAUUUGCUGUGUAUAUGCAACAUAUCGUGGAUUCUUUCAUGGGUAAUCAUUGGAUGGCUUUUCUCUCGACGCUUUUGUAUGCUAGUGGAUUGGGUUUUUUAUCAAUAUCAGCAUUAGGGACUUGCAUGAACGAUGAGGAGUCGUGCCAAGUUAAAACAAGAUACAAGUUCUCGUUCUUCUUAGCAGUACCUCAAUUACUUGUGGGCACUGCAUUUCAUCGAUUAUACUCAGUAAAAGAACUUAAAACUGAAGAAGAGGACCCAAGACCAUCUAAAUUGGUUGGCUUCUUAAAAAUACUUGCUUUGAUACUGUUUCAUUUGGUUGGAGCGCUUGCGCUUUCUAACAUACCGCAGUGGGCUCUUCAAUUUGGAGUGGCAGCUAUGUGUAUGUUGGUGGCCGCCUUGAUCUUCCGGACUGGCAUAAGUUCUUACCAGAGACGCAAUGCUCCAGCAGGAAGCUUCCUAACUGCUAUGCGUAAGGUCAUUGUAGCCGCUUUAACAUCCACUGAGCCCAACCACAACCAGGUUCCACGUUAUGGUCAUCGCCUCAGGUGCCUAGAUAAAGCCAUAACUAAUUUACCAAAUAAUGUUGAUGAGGGACAAAGGAAUAGGAUGAUCCAAGAUAUUCUAGAAACUAAAAAUGCCAUAUGCAGAAUCCCCUUUUGUAUGGCCUUCUUCAUGUUGGGUAUUGUAUCUUCAGUGGGAGACACUUACUUUAUUGAACAAGCAUACACCAUGGAUACAAUGGUUGGACACUACAAAGUCCCUCAUCUUGUGCUUUAUUUAUGGUACAGACUCUCCAAAUCACUGCUCGGCAAAUUUUAUUAUAAAAUAAUGCAAAAACUAAAGGAAAAUAAUUGGGUCACGUCGAAAUACGCUGGCUGUGUUGGAAUAGCUUGCUCCAUGAUGUUUGCAAUACAGUGUUGUUUUGUUGCUGCUGGCGUGGAGAUGGCCAGAUUGGACAGGUACCAUAAAUCUGGUUCUGAUGAUGAAGGGAUAAUUCCCAUGAGCAUGUUUUGGUUGCUCCCACAAUACUUUCUCCUUGGGGGCUUGGACGGGAUUUUAGACGAAGGCAUUGAUCUGUUCUUUAAUAUUGGUCAUUCCUCUACUUCUUUUAGUCGUAUUAUGGGUGUUUUUUCUAAGGGCGUUAUUGGCUUAGGAUCAAUAGGUAAUGUUUUGUUGACUUUUUUGCUUGGAAUCGUUCAUACUAGUUGGUUUGUAGAAGACAUCAACAUGAGUCGGUUGGAUAAGUAUUUCUUCGUAUUGGCUGGAUUGAGUAUAUCCAAUCUUAUUUACUACACCAUCUUAUACUAUUUUACUAGUUUGAGAUCAGAAGUGAGAGAAGAGAGUUAGAUUAAUUAAUUAGACCACAUCGAUCAUUGUUGGAGGGUUUUAUCGGUGUUACAGUUUAGUUGCUAUAAAUAAUUACACCAUCAAUAAUAUAGGGGUAUUCAUACCCUUGCUGCAUGUAAUCAACUUUAAUUGGUUUGUUAGUUUGGUAUGU